AUGCACGCGGCCGCCUACACCCCGAAUGACUACCAAAUGGUGCCAUUUUUAUCGGAUGGCACGACGCGGGGAUGCAUUAGACAGCUCCAAAUGGUGCGGGGGCGCGCGUCGAACCGGACACGAAGCAGCCAGGCCAGCAGCCAGUCCGUCAACACUUCAGAGGGAUUUGACGCGGAUCCCGUCAACUACGAAGAAGCCCUCGAGCAGCUUCCCCCAGAUGAGAAGGACCUGGGCGAGCGGCUGAGGCGGCAUUUACAGUUCUUCUUCCUGGACCCCAUGGAGAAAUGGAAGGUUCGCCGGCAAUUCCCCUUCAAGCUGGCGCUGCAAAUUUUCAAGAUUAUCCUCGUGACGUCACAGCUAAUCCUCUUCGCCGAGAUGAGGAUGUCGCACGUCGAUUUUAUGGAGGACACGAAUACGGUGAUGCGACACAAGUUUUUAAAGAACUGGGACGACGACCGGGAUGCCGUGCAAUAUCCUCCGAGCGAGGGCCGAUAUGCCGUUUACGACGGGAAGGGCAUCUUCGAGCAUUUGGGCUUUAUCAUCACGGCGUACUACUCGAUCCAAAACGAGUCGUUCGCCUCGUUCAGCUACGACAGCCACAAGUUCUCGAUCGCGCACUUCAUGAGCCGCAACGCGUCGCUGAACGCCGGCAUCAAAUUCGACGACAUCCCGCCGAUGCAGUUGUGCUUCGACCGGAUAGCAAGCGUGACGGUGAAGAACAACACCUACGAAUUCGACAUCAACAAUGUUUACGAGUGUUCCGCGCUGAACUUGACGGAGGCGGAGGUGGCCAGCAUCCACGAGGACCCGAUGAGAGUUGAGGAGGCUUUCAAGAAGCGAUCGAUCACCUUCAACCCGGAGGACGCGCUAAGGAUCUCGAAGAUGAUCCUCAAGUUCAGCCUGCGCACCAUUCACUUUGCCCCCGUGACGGCGGAUCAGACCCCGGAGUGCUAUCGCAUUAAUGUCUCGCUGAUCUUUGACAACUCGCGGCACACCGGCCAGGUGCACGUGCUCAUCCAGACGGAGAUCAACUACGAGCACGUCUGCAAUGGGCGCAUUUUGAAAGGUAGCAUCCUGCCCUACGACACCGUCCUCAUGGCGGUCAUCGACGUCCUCGUCCUGUUCAUGUGCCUGGCGUCGCUCAUCCUCUGCUCCCGUGCCCUAAUCAAAGCGCACCUUCUUAAAAAUAAGACGGUCGACUUCUUCGAGAAGGUGCUCCAGCAGCCGAUAAUGCUCAGCGAUCGAUUGGAAUUUGUGAAUUUAUGGUACGUGAUGAUCCUCGUCAACGACGUGUGCAUCAUCAUCGGCACCGUUUGCAAGGUCACCAUCGAGUUCAGGGAUUUUGACAAUGACAUCUUCACGAUGACGGGCAUUUUGUUGGGCGUCGGCACGCUGCUCGUCUACGUCGGCGUGCUGCGCUACUUCAAGUUCUUCAACAAGUACAAUAUUCUGAUGUUGACGCUGAAGAAGUCGCUGCCGAACAUAAUGCGGUUCCUUAGCUGCGCGGCCGUCCUCUACACGGGUUUCCUGUUCGCCGGCUGGCUGAUUAUCGGGCCGUACUCGAUGAAGUUCCGCACGCUGUCGUCCUGCUCAGAGGCGCUGUUCUCGCUGGUGAACGGCGACGACAUGUUCGCCACGUUCUACACGAUCGCCGACAGCAACACGACGAUCAAGGUGUUCGGCACGAUUUACAUCUACAUCUUUGUCUCGUUGUUCAUCUACGUCGUCCUCUCGCUGUUCAUCGCCAUCAUCAUGGACGCGUACGAGGUGGUCAAGGACCGCUACGCCUCGGAUGAGCACUCGUUCGAGCGCUCCACGCUGCGCGACUUCAUGGCCACCGCGCCGGCCAUCUCGCUCGACGCGCCGAACAUCCAGGCGCAAUUCGCGCCCUCGAAUCUGCUCAACCUCGUGGCUGGCAACGACUCGAAUAGCGUGCGAGCGCUCGAGGCGAUCGACCGGAUGCGCGACCGGAUCCGCGACUCGCUGGCCGGCACUAGGUUCGAGUCGUUCGCGAACCCAAUCCACGACGGUCAGCCAGCAACACCUGGCCACGACGCUUUCCAGCUGAGGAACGGCAGCGCCGGCGGGCCCGUCUUCGACCCG